AUGCUCACGGGCAUUGACGGUGCUGCUUACUAUCGUGAUGAUAUAAUCGUGACUGGCAUGACACCCACCGAACUCUCACAACGCUUGCACAGAGUUCUGACACGGAUCCAGGAAUUCGGUUUGCACCUACAUUUGAAGAAGGGUAAAUCCUUGAUGCCUUCUGUGAAAUACCUUGGAUUCAUCAUCGACAGACAUGGUUGUCCCUUCAACAUUGCGAUCAUCGAUAAGAUACCUCCGCCACACGAUGUCAAUUUCGUUGGCGGUGCAUACAAUCAGCAGUUUUGCAAACCAGCGGAUAGCCCGGAGCAACCUCCCCGCCGGUUUCCCAUGAAAGAUGUUUUGUCCGCGUUCGACCGAAUACUGAAUGCCACAAAUGUGAUAAACGAGGCACGGUCAAGAUUGACAAGGUCUGAAAAACCAGGAAAGUAUUACAAAAAUGUGACUGAGGUUCUUCUCGGAAUUCAGCUGGAUGCUCUGGGAGAGGAAAAUUUUGCGCAAGUUCUUCCUGCUUUAGAUGUAGCCAUUGAGAAGAUUAAGAAAAAUCCCGAUUUCAAUGGAGUUCAGUUCACCACUGUGCCCAUACUUCACAUCUCCUCAAUCGCCUGUGACUCUUUGGCUGUGUUACACAAAUUCGAGACACGAGCGAUUAAUGUAUUACUGGGACCGUUAAAUGACUUCAGUAUUGCGAAUGCUGCUCGCUUCAGCAAUUCCAUGUACAAUGUGCCCGUGGUUACCCCAGGCGGAUUUGCCUACCAAUUGAAAGACAAGGUUGAAUAUGCACUCCUCACUCGCGUGUUUUUCUCCUAUUCUGAUUUACCGUGGUUGAUAGAGAAUACAAUGAAACAAUACGGAUGGCUGCCCAACGAACAAACCCCAAUCGGAUUGUAUGCCGCCCGCAAAUCUCGACUACUUGAUGAAGGCACAGGUCAUACAGCUCUAGUGGGAGUAUUUCAGCAACAAAGCAUUAAUGCUUAUUUGUUAGACAAUGGGUACAAAGUGUUCCACAUCCUGACUGAGGAUGAGACAGGCGUGGUGGAUCAGUUCUUGCGACGAUUACCCGAUACUGCACGAAGUGAGUUCUACAGUAUUUAUAUGUGCUAG